GUGGAUGGUGUCGAUGUGACUCGACUGGGCCAGGCUGCAACUGUAUCUUUACUCCGUGACAAGGUUAUUGGCUCUCUAGUCACCUUGGUUGUGAGUCGAUCGCUACAUGUAUCAGAUGCACAAUCAUCUGAGAACAAGCCUUCUACCUCGCCUGGCUCGAUUCCACCCUCAAGUCAUGAUGGAAACAUCGGUCGUAGAGGCGGCCUGUACGGAGCUGAAGGACUUGGCGGCGGCAGCGGGAUGAAAGAUCAUACUGGCGACCCAACAUCAGGUACUUCAGGCAGGUCUGCAAAGCACGCAUCCGAUGGAACUCGACGUCGCGCCGGGACUAUCACAAGUUUUGCUUUUAAAAACAUUGCAAAUGAUGAUAUAACAGAUGACUUCUUGAGAUCUCCCACCGAUUCUUCUAUUCUAUUCUCCCAUUACUCAGUACGAGGUGUUAAUGAUGGUGAUGAUAAAGUCCCGCCUGGCAGCUCAAGCCCAAAAUGUGAGAAAGACCUAGAAACUUACGUUAAGUUACAGGCCAAUUUUAUGCUUAUGGUUUUUCCGACGCAUGCUUCUCCAUCAUUUAAGAAUACUGCGCCGAUUGCUUAG